AUGCACUUAUGUUGGUUUUGCAUCAAAGUGUUGGACAAGGAAGAAAGAGUUGCUGGUUUGCAUCAAAAUGGCCAUGGCUCUUCAUCUCCGAACAUCCUAUCCACCCCUUCCUACUACUCCAAAGCAGCUGGCUUCAUCCAUCAUAGAAUUAAACUCCCACAAAGGCCUCUCAUCACACAUCAUCAAUGCAUGAUUUCAUCAAAAAACAUCAAAUGCAUUGCAGCAACAACAACAAGCACUCAUUCCUUUGAGGCAACAACUGUUCAUAGGCGAUCCGCAAACUACCAGCCCAAAGAUCCGGGAUUUCGAUUUUUGCAAUCCUUAAACAGUGAUUACAAGGGGGAGAUCUACAAGAGCAAAACCAAGAAAUUGGAAGAGGAAGUAAGGGGUUGGCUUGAUGAUGUAGGUAUGGGGCAGUUAAGUCUGUUGCAGCUGAUUGAUGACAUAGAGAGACUUGGGUUAGGGUACCUCUUUGAAGAGGAGAUCAAGAAAGCCCUGGACACCAUAGUUUGCAUGGAAGAUGUGCAAACCAGAACAAGGGAGAGUCUCCACGCUACAGCUCUUAAAUUUAGGCUCCUUAGACAACAUGGGUAUGAGGUGAACCAAGGUAUGUUCAACCACUUGAAAGACAAGACAGGCAAUUUCAAGGCUAAAUAUGUAGAGGAUGCAAAGGGAAUACUAAGUUUGUAUGAAGCUUCUCACCUUGCUAUAGAAGGUGAAAGCAUGUUGGAGGAGGCCAAGCACUUUACAAUGAAAGCUUUAAAGGAGAUUAUAAAGGGUAAUAAUAUGGAACCAAAUCUAGCAAAACAAGUGAAUCAUGCCUUGGAGCUUCCCCUUCACUGGAGGAUAACAAAGUUAGAGGCUAGGUGGUAUAUUGAUGUCUAUGAGAAAAAGGAGAACUCAGUUCCUGCUUUAAUCCAACUAGCUAAGUUGGAUUUCAACAUUGUCCAAGCAAUACAUCAGGAAGAUUUAGCUGAUGUAUCAAGGUGGUGGGAGAAUUUGGGCCUUGGAGACCAGUUGAGUUUUGUAAGAGAUAGUCUGGUUCCAUGCUUUUUAUGGUCAGUGGGUUAUCACCCUGACCCUCAAUUUAGUAAAUUUAGGAUAGAUCAGGCUAAGGUUAACUUGUUAAUAACGACGGUCGAUGAUGUUUAUGAUGUCUACGGUACCUUGGAAGAACUUGAACUUUUUACUGAUGCUGUGGAGAGAUGGGAUAUUAAGGCAAUCGAACAACUUCCAGACUAUAUGAAGAUAUGCUUCUUAGCUCUCUUCAACACUGUUAAUGAAAUGGCUUAUUUUCACCUCAAGGAACAUGGAAUUGACACCAUACCUUUCCUAAAGAAAGCGUGGACCGAUCUAUGCAAAACAUACUUAGUAGAGGCUAAGUGGUAUUACAACGGUCAUAAAACAACACUUGAGGAGUACCUAAACAAUGCAGUGGUUUCAGUAUCAAGCUAUGUCAUACUCAGUCAUUGCUUUGUCUCAUUGCCACAAAUUAUUCGAAAGAAGGCGUUAGAUUGCAUAUCACAAGAUGAUUUGAGUCUCUUACGUAGCUCAUCCUUGAUAGUUCGACUUGCCGACGAUCUUGCUACUUCAGUGGACGAAUUAGAGAGAGGUGAUACACUGAAAUCAAUCCAAUCAUACAUGUAUGAAACGGGUGUUUCUGAGGAUGUGGCUCGUGAACAUAUAAGGCAUAUGAUUGAUGACACAUGGAAGAAGAUGAAUAAGGAUAUAUUCAAUAAUGAUUCUCUUUGUCUGUCCCCACUUUUUAUCAAGACCGUUGCAAAUUUUACUCGAAUGGCACAAUGCAUAUAUGAACAUGGAGAUGGCCAUGGUAAUGUUGAUGAUGAGACCAAGAAACGAGUCAAAUCAUUGUUGUUUGAACCUAUUCCAUUGUUGACAGACGCUUAACUAAAGGUUCUUCUCUGCAAGUUCCCUUC